UCUUCUCCGUUGAGUCUUCUUAAUAAAAUAAUGUGGAUUUUGGGAAGAAAGGGUCCAUCUGGAUUCUCUGCUCGAUCCACGGCUGAAGAAGUCACCAAAGGAAUUGAAGGAUCUGGUCUUACUGCCAUUGUUACAGGGGCGACAAGUGGAAUAGGUGCAGAGACAGCACGCGUACUUGCUUUGCAUGGAGUUCAUGUUGUCAUGGCAGUUAGGAAUUUGGAUAGUGGUGGGAAAGUAAAAGAAGAGAUACUGAAAAAUAUACCAAAUGCUAAAGUUGAUGUUAUGGAAUUGGAUCUCAGUUCUUUGGCAUCUGUAAGGAAAUUCGCUAACGAAUACAAAUCCUCGGGUCUGCCUCUAAAUAUUCUCAUUAACAAUGCAGGUGUAAUGUCUCCUUCUUUCAAGCUGUCACAGGAUAAAAUUGAACUGUUGUUUGCUACCAAUCAUCUAGGUCAUUUCUUAUUAACAAACCAUUUGCUAGAGAUAAUGAAAACGACAGCAUUUGAGAGUAAAAUUGAAGGAAGGAUUGUUAAUGUUUCGUCAAUGGCCCAUCAAUUUAUGUACAAAGAAGGAAUUCCCUUCGAUAAAAUAAACGAAGAGUCAAGUUACAAUAGCAAAUAUGCUUAUGGACUAUCUAAGCUUGCCAACAUCUUACAUACAAAUGAACUAACAAGGCGGUUUAAUGAAGAAGGUGUGGAGAUAACUGCUAAUUCUCUUAAUCCUGGGCCAAUUGCUACCAACCUUUUUCGUCAUUACAACAUUAUUGAUGGAUUGGUUAGCACGGUUGGUAAAUAUGUAAUCAAGAAUGUUUCUCAGGGGGCUGCUACGACAUGUUAUGUGGCGUUGCAUCCUCAAAUGAAAGGGGUAAGUGGAAACUAUUUCUCUGAUAGUAACAUAUCGAAAAGGAGUUCUUUGGCGAAAGAUGAAGAAUUGGCAAAGAAAUUGUGGGAAUUCAGUAUGAAUUUGACAGAAACUUAAAUGUGGCUUCUUUUUUGGUUUUGAUGAAUAAUGAAUGUAUGUGCAUUUGUCAUUGUACUCAUUUUAACUUUGUGCCAAUAUAAAUAUGAAAUAAAUGAACAGAACCCAUUAUCGGGUCUUCAGUA